AUGAGCCUUUCCGCAUUUACGGUUUUAACUGGACCAUAUCAUUCAGUUGAAAAUGUUUCCAGCAAUUCGCCUCUUUCAAAGUUUUCUACACCUUUUCCAAACAGGAAAUAAAAUGCGGAAACUGCACAAAGUCGGGCGCACAAAGAAGCCGAAGGAGUGCGGAGGACGCGAAACAACUUCCAGUCGAUUUGGAGGAUUAUACGAUAAUCAUCGGCCAGGAUACUAUCAUUCCGGUGAAUAUUCAUCAAUUUUUAGGUUUCGCAUUAAAAUUCAAGAGAUUGAGUUUCCAUUUCUCACCAUCUUUUUUUUCUUUUUAGAACUUUCUUGGAUUUGUUUCUAUACUUUCUCAAGUUUGGAAUUUAUCUUGAAGUUUGAAUUUUCCACUUCCUUUUAAGUCAAAAUUUUAAUAUCGAAAGUUCUUAUCUUUAAGUUUUCGUAGUUCUUGUUAUUUGUCGAAUUUUUGAUUUUUUUUGUGUUAAAAAUUAAUUAUUUUUCUCGCACUUCAAAAAAUGUUGAACCAUCACUUUGGACUCACUUUGGUCAGUUUGUGUUUUUCCUUCUUUUUUAAUUUCCUAAUUCGAAGUGUUUAUUAUUUUGAUUGCAGAGAAGAGUCCUUGACCGAUCUUGUUCACAAGUUCACAAGUUUUGUGCUGAUCGAAGUCUGAAACUCGUUGGGUUUCCUGGACCUUUAGGAGAAGCAGGACCUCCUGGGCCUGUUGGGCCUCCAGGUUCUUUUUUUAAGAGGUUCUUUUAAAAUCAGAAAAACUUGAAAAACAGAAGAAUGAAUGAAAAUUCGUUUUUUUACAAGUGAACCAUUACAAACCGUUCAAUUAUGGUCUGUUUUUCACGACUUUAAAAGUCUUAUCUGCGCCCUCCUCGUCUCUCGGCGACCCUCUCAUGUUGACGUGCUUUUUUUUGUGUUUCUGUGACCUCUCCGGUGAGGGAACAGAGAGACGCAGACACACGAAAAGUUUCAAGUCGCGGCGGAUGGACCAUAACCUCUCAUGAAAAAAAGCGAAAAAAAAAAGGAAGAAUAGAAACAAAAAAAAGUAAACUUCUUAAAAAAAGCUGAUUUUUAGGAAAGGUAUAAUUAUAGCUAUGUUUAAAAAACCUCUGGAAUAAAUGAAAAUUUUUGAUUUUCCUAGGAAGACGCGGUCCAAUGGGCAGUGUCGGCCCGACUGGAUUGGUCGGAGAUCAUGGAGAACUGGGAGAACCUGGAAGAGAUGGUUUUUCCGGAUUCCUUAAUUUUUGAAGAAAAGAGGUUCUUUAGGACGCUGCAAUUGUUCAUUCCCGGACAUGUACAUCCAAAGAGUUCCGAUUCCUGGGCCGCCAGUUAUUAAGGUAAAAAAAAUUAUAGAAAGUAUUUCUAAAAACAUUUUUUCACUCGACUGGUAAGAAAAAGUAAAGAUCUCGAGAAAAAAGGUGAAUAAAAUUUCAAACGGAGUAGGAAAAAACAGCGGCUCUGAAGAGUUUUUGUGCGCUCCAUUGAUAAAAACACUCAUAUAGCCCUUUUUGUAAGAUGAAAUGCAUGAAAGAAAAUAAAUGCUAGAAAAACUUGUAAACGUCAGAGUGGUCCCUGUAGGGCAACUUUCGUGGCCUUUCAAGGUAUCCCUCUAGGUACCACUAAAGCUUGCAAAAGUAGCCCUUAAGGGGUGACCUCUUAUGAGUGUUGUUUAGUAACUUUGAAAAUUGAGGAAUUUUCGAAUUCGGUUUAUAUCUCUUUAGUUGUCUCAAAAGUUGUCCGUGGAGCGCACUGGUUUUUUGUUGCGGCUAUUUUUUUUAAAAUAAGAAUUUUAAAUUUUUUUCACAUUUCAGCUGUGUUAUGAACGUUUUUUUUUACAUUUUCCUGAACUUCCAUUCAAAUUGAACAUUUUUUCUCUCAUUGAAACUUUUCCCAAAAUUUUAAGAUCGAAGAAAAGAUGGUACCCGUCCCUGUAGUUGUGGUCAAGGAGGUCGAAGUGACCAAAUUGGUUCCAUUCGAACCGACUCCGCCUGGAUUUGGACCCCCGCCGGGCUGGUCUCCAGGAAUGCCCAGACCUGGGAGAACCAGAAAAUUGCCUAGGUAUUCUAAGUGUCAGUAAGGUUGAUAAUCUGAUAAGAAAUCAGAUAUUCAACGGUUCGGCCUCCAGCGACGCCUUCAAGAAGGAAGACCACGCCUGAGCCGGUUCUUCCCGACUCAGGUGCACUUUUAAUUCUCAAAUUAGAUUGUCAUUUUUCAUUUUCCGCUUUGGCGGGGGUGGGGGUAUUGGCCAAGAACGUUUUUCUUGGCAAAAGGCGAUAUUCUAUGAAAUUUCAAUUCGAAAACUGUAUUUUUGUACUUCCAACAGCUUCAUAAUAAGUUAUAGGGAAUUUGUGGAAGUUGGAAUCAAUAUAUUUUAUUGAUUUUUUUUGUGUUCGUUUAUGCCCCCUUUCUGACAUUUUUCUGUGAAUCUAUAGGUUUUAACAACACGUUCGGAUCUGGAAACUGGAGCAUCAAUUUUUCCAACGUCACGACUCCGGCGCCUUAUCUUGGACCUCCAACUUUGGGUUACAAUCGCAGAGGUUUCAUUCCUCUUUCAUUUGUAACUUUAAAGGAUUUUGAUAUUUUUUCGUUUGUUUUUAGCGAGAAAGACAAAGAAAAAAGUGAAUUAUUCAUUUUUAGCCGUUGCUAGGCAAGAUUUUCAGGAAUUUCUUUCUUUGAGCGCUUUUCUUUUGAUUUUUUAAUUUCAGAAUGUAUUCUGGCGGCUGUUGGCAUUCCUGUUCUUCAUGCAGAGUCGCAGUAUGGAAAGGUUUUUUUCGUUGAAAUGAAUGAAACUGUAAAAUUGAGCUAAAAUCAAUCGUUUGCCUUUUUUCUGCUAUAAAUUUCGAUGGUAAUUUUUACUAUCGAAUAUCUCUUUAAGGACCUUUAAAGACGUAUUUAGUGACUUUUGAGAUCUCUGAAGAUUUUUUCCUGAACUUUUCUAGGCUUAGGAAUGGCUAUGAAAAAUUUUCGAGGUCGCACUAUAUUUUUUUUUAGAACUUUUCAUAGUUUUUUUUUUAUAUUCGUUGAAGACUUUUUUGAGGUCUUCAGGCCUCUGACGAUUCUUGAGACUCUUCACUCUUCGAUGUUUUCUUUUGAGGUCGGUUCUUGGAUGCGAGAUGCGCGGCCCUCGUCGAAGAAAGCGGCGGCCAGACGAUGGCUCACCGACGGAUUCGCUUCUCCCGUACUCUACGAAUACGAAAACGAACAGCAAAUGAUGAAUAAAGUCCAGAAAAUCAAGUAGUUCGAGCUCUAAAAUCGAUUUUGAGUCGGUUUUUGAGGUACUACGUGGAUUAUUUGGCUUCCGGGACCGGGAAUGUCGUCUAUAAUGGCAGCUAUUACUACCAUAAGCAUGGGACGACUCAGUUGGUUAGGUCCGUUUCGAUUUUUGAUUUUUCUUUUUAUCAUUAUUUUUUCAUUAAUUUCAAAUUUUGUCCACCGAGAUUCGAAACUAUCUGACCUCUGUCUCUAUUUUCCAUAACCUGUACCCAAUAAGCAGGAAAAUAUCAUGUAAACACGAGAGAGCACAGAGAAAUCCAUCUUUUUCAGCCUUCUAUCCCUGUUUCAACAAAGAUUUUUGAUAACUUUGCUUCACUGUUUUUUGAUAGUCGUUUUGAAGUAAGAUUGAUAUUUAUGAAAAUGUCUCGUUUUCAAAAUUUAUUUUUCAAAGUUUCAGGUACGACUUGGAGUCCAAUGUCCAGCUUGAAGCGGAAAUCGACCCCCAAAUGGCGCAUGUCGACUGUGGACGACUGCCCGACCACACUUUCGAGGUGAAAAUUGAGGAAAUACAUAUCAUCAGAAGGAUACUUAGGAAAGCCAGAGUGGUCAUUAUAGGCGUUAGGGAAUUAGAAAAAUAUCAUAUAGGGCAAAAUAGGGCUUCUUAUAAGACUAAAAUUUAGGUGGUCCCUAAACGAGCUGGUCACUCUAGGGCUAGUGAUUCUCGCCCCUAAGCUUCUUAAGUUUGAGUGGACCUUAUAGCUGUCUUCUGAUUUUUUUUUUGUUCUUUAUCAAAACUUGAAAAGACUUAUAGGAAUCACUAACUUGCUCCCCUAGAGUGACCACUUCUGCAAGCUUUGGGGCCCCUGUAGGGGAAGAUAAGGAGGUCGCUUGAGGGUAACCUACAAAAGCCUUUGGCCACUUUAGAGAUCAUUCUGAUGUUCUUAAAGUUAUUAAUCUUCUUGUGAAAUAUCGAAAAAAUUGGAAAAAAAACGACUUAUUUAAUGAAUUUGGGGAUUUUUCAGACUUUCGGUUCGUUUAGAGGAAUUUCUGGGUAUCUUUAAAGCCUAAAAAGUGAACCUUGAAGCUGUAGAUAAUUUGAUAGUUCUCUGAUCUUUUUGAAAACAAACGUUCUCUAGACAUCUUGAAACGUUUCCGAGUAACUUUCGAAUCCGAUAACUUGUUUAAGAGAUCCUCUGUAUUAUUAGUGGUAUUUUUUCAAGUAGGCGACACAAAGUAGACACUAUCAAGCUCUUAAAAUUUCCAAAAAGCUUCAUUUUUGUAAUUACUGAACUCAUGCUCUAACUAGAACGUUAAUGGUCGCACGUAAAACGCCUUCAAGAUGCGCCCGACCUGAUACGACUUGCGCUUUAGGGUAUCUAGAACAAGUAGAGCAAGCUGAUAUGUUUCAAGUUUUAAUGAUAAUGAUAAAUUUAAGAUUAAUAAAAACGAAGUAUUCUAUCUCCAACGUAGAAAACAUUUUUCAAAGAUCUUCCCAAUUUUCAGGAAUGCAACGCGACGGACCGGGAUCCCUGGCUGUACAAUCGCGACCACAACUAUGUCGAUUUCGCAGUCGAUGAAAAUGGCCUUUGGGUCAUUUAUACACAUGCGGAGAGUGGAACCCUGCGAGUUGCAAAAAUUGAAUCGGUUUGAGAAUUUUUUGUUCUAAUAAAGAGGUUGUAGUUUUGAACUAAGUUAGCAAUGAGUCUUCUUCAAUCAUGUUAAAGUGUAGAGUCAAAAUUAUCUCAAAACGUUAUGUUUUUGUUGGAACCUAGGAAGAGUUAGAUUUUCAAGAACUUUAAGAAUCUCGAAAGAAAUUAUCACAACGUUACGACUAUUCAGCUAAGACUCAGUUUAUCUAGAUUUUUAUCAUGUCAUUUCUAUUUUUUACAAAUCAAAGUGACAUAAUUAAGGAUUUGUGAAUAAAUUGUAAUUAUUGAAUAAAGGUCUCGAGUCAAAAAGUCGUUCCCAUCUUCAACUUGGGUCAUAAAAGACUUCUGAGCCUUCAAAUACCGAAAAAGGAUUUUUUUUUUUGAGCAGUCUUGGUUAGUAAAAAUAUUUUAUACAGCGGUGAUAAAAUGCUCAUUAGAAUAAAUUGUACACAAUCAUGUCUCUAAUAUUUAUUUAUUUCCGCCUUUAUAGGACUUUUACGUUGUGAACACUUGGGAUGUGACUGAGGCGAAUGCGACGGACGUUUCUGAUGCCUUCGUGAUGUGCGGAGUCAUGUACUGUCUGAAGAGCGCCGUCGAGCGUCAGACCAUCAUUACCUACGCUUAUGAUCUUUACAGGUGAGAAUAUCCUUGAAAUAGUUUUGAAAAUGAAGAGACUCAACUGAGAAUUGAAAAAAAAAGCGUAAUAAGCUUCAAAUUUUAGGGGCUAUUAUUUUCUUCACCUUUAUAGGUUAGAAAAAAAAAACUUCAGAUUAAAAAAUAUUAAAAAAUUUUUUUGAAGUUUUCCUUUUCUAUAACUAUUUUCACGGAAAAAGCACAGGUAGGAACAUGCUCGGGAAGAUCAGAAAAAUGCAGAAAUUCAGCUGAAAAUUGAAAAAAAAAUUUUGGAAGAGUUUUAAGAAAUUACUUUUGUUUGCAGGCUAGAACAAAAAAUGUUUGAAAGAAUGAUUCAAAGGAGAAUAAGUAGCAAAAUAUGAGUAGUAUAGUCUGUGUGCCACGACUUGAAAUUUCACGGAACGAAAUUCCGCUGUUCCACUGCGUGCCUUCGCAAAUCGUCUUUCGAAUAUAAGUCAAGCUUUCAAUUGAUUGUUAUUGCUGUGGGAGCACAUGAAAGAGAGUACCUUAAUAAAACAAAAAAGGUUCGCAAAGGGGCGCAGCGGAACAGCGGAAUGUCGUUUCGUGGAAUUCCAAGUCGUGGUCCACAGGCUAUACUUUGAUAAAAAAAAAACAGUUGAGGCUCGCACAAACCCCUAAGCCAGUAAGGAAAACCGAGCCUAAUUAUUUCAGUACAAAGAUGUUUAGAAACGACUCGAUCCCGGGGCAAGUCGAGUGGUACAAUCCAUAUGGCGGCCUCACGAUGCUGCACUACAAUCCGCUCGACAGCCGUCUCUACUUUUUCGACGACCGAAGACUUCUUUCGGCCAACGUCCGCAUCGAGGAGGACCUUCCCGAGUACAUUGACGAUUUUUGA